AUGGCAGUGAUACAGAAUGUUCAGAAAGAGUCGCAUGAAGCUGACGCGGAUGCUCAGCUGACAAUCACCGACGAGCCUAGUUCGCCCGCUAGUAUGCCGAACUCACAGCUGCAGUCAAGCUUCUUCUCUACCCUUCCCCUUGAAAUCCGCCAGAGCAUUUACGGCUAUCUCUGGCUGUCCGCUGGAUCAACUCAACACGUGUACAAAUCUAGCGCAUCUGCCUUGGCGCCUCUUUCUCAUUGCCAAUGCAUUGCGGACCUGGACGCCGAGGAUAACCGCGAGAUUGAGCUCAGCCGUGUGCUGAACGCUCCGCCGGCCGAUCCAACGACAUUCGAAGGCGGCGUGGGCCCGGGGUCAACGGACGAAAGAGACGCGAUCAUUGAAUGGCGAUACCGCAUCGUAUCAACGUGGUGCCACCACUGGCAAUGUGAGGAGGAACCGCCAGUCCUACGCCCCGUCGAUGACAGCUCAUCGGACGAGGGAAGCGAGGAGAAACAGACCUCUCUAACGAGUCAGAAGAACCAGCACCGACUGCUUGUUCAAGAGUUUAGCCCAUUCCUGGCAAUCCCUCUCACCUGCAAGCGGAUGCACGACGAGGCAAUCGACUCUAUUUAUGAUACCACGACAUUCUCGUUCAUCGGCACAGAUGCUCUUUCUCGCUUCAUGAAAACUACGGCAUCCGAAUAUCUGGUUCGGAUAAACAAGGUCCAUCUCACAUGGCGGGCCCCAAUAGAGACUUACAUGGCGCUGGAUGUCGAAGAGGCCGUCGCUGAGAGGAUCAAGUGGAAUGAGUUGUGGGCGGAGGUGGCGCUCAAAAUGCCUCGCUUGAAAGAGCUCCAGAUCUGGACCUAUCCAUAUUACGCCCGAUACCCAAUGCCCCACGAAGAGUGGUUGAAGCCGCUGCAUCAGUUCGAAAAGGUGUCCAAGUUCCACAUCUCGUUUAGAUGGUUCCAGGAUCCUCCCACGCCCGAUACUGGCCCCGUCGACUCUUUGGAGGCAGCUCCGUUCGAGUACGACAGGAUACCUCCGGUGCAAGAGAAUCCUAUACACUUCCACUGGCGCCGUUUGGUCGGUCUGCCUCCUGACGAACCACGUGUCCCCGUGAGCCGACGACAGAGAAAGCGAAGAUACCUUGGCAGGGCGCUCUAG